AUGGGCAGGCCUGGCAUUGGGAAAAAACGCUUCUCCCGCGAUAGGUUCUUGCGAUUGGGGACCGACAGUAACAACCAAAAUACAACAACCAAUUCCCACGAUGCCACAGUUGACAUACCGUUGACCACUGUUUCGAGUCGAGGCCAAACCGGCGCCCGAAAGGGAGAAACCAAUGUCCCUUCUUCUUCCUCGUCCUCCUACGUCCCGCCCUCAGAUCUUCCAGGUGAUACUACCAACGAGAAAAACGGUUUUUUCCAUCAUAAGCAAGGCGGACACAGGAUGCUAAAUAGGGACAACAGACACCUCGAGUCCGCUGAGGAUGGCACCAUCACUCGCAUGGGGAAAUUCUAUACUGCUAUCUUGAAUUUCUCUGUUAUUACCAGGUACUUUAUCUAUGUUUCGCCCCUGGCCUUGCUCAUUGCGAUUCCCAUUGUUGUAGGAGCUACCAUUGCUCGAGGUGCAGAAAUCGGCGGAGUUCGAAUUGUUUGGUUCUUCACCUGGGUUGAGGUGGUCUGGUUGAGUUUAUGGGUUUCCAAGAGUGUGGCACAUUACAUCCCUUUUGUGUUCCAGUUUCUGUGCGGCAUUGUUAGCUCAGGAACCAGAAAAUAUGCGCUGAUCUUGAGGGCUUUGGAGAUCCCUAUUUCUCUCAUUGGUUGGUCUAUGACCUCGCUGGCAACUUUUAUCCCGCUGAUGACACGAAACCCAGACGAACGUGCUUCCAAUGAUACGGGCAUUAAACCUUGGCAAAAUGUAGUCAAGAAUAUUCUGUUUGCUGCAUUUAUCUCGACUUUGAUCCUUGCCGUUGAGAAACUUCUGAUCCAACUGAUAUCCAUCACGUACCACCGAAGACAAUUCGAGAUGAGGAUCAAGGAGUCUAAGCACAACAUACAACUCCUUAGUAUGCUUUAUGAGGCGUCGCGCACGCUCUUCCCUGAAUAUUGCCCGGAGUUCGAAGAGGAAGAUUUUGUAAUUAACGACCCCAUCGCAAAGAUUGGUAAAAGCCACAAGCGGGUUGGUUCUGCAUCCCCAAUGCGCUUGAUUCAUGGCGUGGGACGAGUCGGGGACAAGAUCACCGCUGCUUUUGGCAAUGUUGCCCAAGAGAUAACGGGGAAACAGGUCUUUAAUCCAACCGCUGCUCACUCUAUUGUCACCCUGGCCCUUGAGAAGCGUAAAUCCUCUGAGGCACUUGCUCGUCGCCUGUGGAUGUCCUUUGUUCUUCAGGGUCGAGAGUCUCUUUAUCAAGAGGAUAUUAUUGAGGUUCUCGGUGCGGGUCGGGAGGAAGAGGCGAAAGAGUGCUUCGCUGCACUUGACAGAGAUGAUAACGGCGAUGUCAGUCUCGAGGAGAUGAUUCUCACCGUUACUGAGUUUGGUAGGGUCAAGAAAUCAAUCAACCACAGUAUGCAUGAUGUCGAUCAGGCUAUCCACGUACUCGACAACGUCCUAUGCACUAUUGUGUUUAUCAUAGUGGUCUUAGUUUUUGUUGCUUUUCUCAAUAGCGGUUUCGGCACCACUCUCGCUGCGGGUGCGACUGCUCUUCUCUCUAUGUCGUUUGUCUUUGCUACAACCGCCCAAGAGGUUCUUGGAAGCACGAUAUUUCUCUUCGUUAAGCACGCAAUGGACGUAGGAGAUAGAGUCGACAUUGGAGACCGUCAGCUGGUCGUGGAACAGAUUUCUCUCCUCUACACAGUGUUUCGGGGCGUUCGAGAUCAGAAGACUUUCCAAGCGCCAAACAUAAUUCUCAAUACACAAUGGAUUGAGAACGUCACUCGCUCAAAGGCCAUGCGCGAGCAGAUCACCCUGACUGUAGACUUUGCUACCUCAUUCGGUGAUAUCCAACUACUGAAAGCUGAGAUGCUAAAAUUUGUCCGUGACAAGGAAAACAGCCGCGAUUUCCAACCAGACAUUGACAUUGAAGUUAUUGGCCUUGGCGAGAUGGACAAGCUGCAGCUGAGGGUAGAAAUCCGCCACAAAUCCAACUGGUCAAAUGAAACUGUUCGAGCUUCCCGUCGGUCGAAAUUCAUGUGCGCUUUGGUCCUUGCCGUUCGCAAAAUUCCCAUCUAUGGACCUGGUGGCGGAGACGCGGCGCUGGGUGACAUUGGAAGACCGUCGUAUUCCGUCUCGAUAUCCCCCGAGCACGCCGAAGCGAGCAAGGAGGAGUGGGCAACGCAAAAGGAAGGGAAACGGCUGGUUCCAACUGAUGAGGUGGAUGAAUAUUUAAGGGCGCACGUCAACGACAACUUGGGCGAUUCCCAGGGCAAAUCCUCGGCUGUUCAGGCCAAGACCCCAGGCGGCACGACUGUCUACCGCGGUGCCUCAAACUCAUCCCCGCAACACACGGAAUCAUCUCUAGCCCAAGCGCUGAACUCUCGCCCUCCAGCCAUGGACCAGGCACGCGUUGACGAAUCUGAGAUUUUCCGUGAAGAUUUCACCACUUCUCCUAUUAACCAUCCAAGCGUAAAAGUUGGAAGUAAAGGCGGUGCUGGCUCACCGAAACAGAACGUAAACUCAUCCAUCCAACGCGUAAUCUCCACCGGUCGGCGAACAGGAGGUGCAAGCUCCGGCACACCUGCCAGGUUUUUAUCGUCCAAUACCCCCAUCGACGAAUUCCCACAACCACCACAAUCCCCCCCAUCAUCUGCAACACCGGCAGGCUCCGUCCCACUACAAUCCAUCCAACGUAACCCAAAUCCAGCGGCAGACUACUACGAAUUCUCAACACCAUUCAACAGCUCUCCUGAAGAUGAAAACCCGUAUUAUCCCCCUGUUAACCCCACCAAUACCAAUAUUCAUUUGCACCCCGCCAAUCACUGA